UUAAAAACUAUAAUAUAAAAAACAGCAAAGAUGCCGCCAGCUGCUCUCGAAUGGGAUCAAAUGACCAAAAUAGACCCCGCAACCCUGCACGACUGUGGGAAAAGUCAAGUGGACGAGGUCUUCGACAUGAUUAUUUUGACGGAAGACUGGAAAGUGAAGAGUAAAAGUCCUGAAGACAUUGUUCACGUCUUCAGGGUGUUACAAGCCAUGCUCAAGAUAAAAGAUCGGGAGCUGGCUGUUUCCAUCAAAUUCUUUGAAGAUGCCAUGAAAGAAAAUGCCAAAACUGAAAAUGAACUCCUUACCAAGGUGUCCAGGUUGGAACAGGAACGGAAGAACUUCAGCACUGGAACAGACAGCCGCUUUCUGAGGGAUGAGAUUCGGCAGCUUGAGACACAGCUGGAGCAGAGGGACAAAGACCUGACACAGUUAAAGAAAGAUAUGGGAAAGGAGAAGAAAAGCAGCGAGGAGCUGGUGAUGCGAGCGGAGAAGGCAGAAGAUGAUAUGAAGAAGCUGAAAAGAGAGAAUGAGCAGCGUCAGCAGGACGUGGUCUUCUACCGUGAAGAGCUGGAACAGAAGGAGUCUGUUCCUUCCAGAGAAGAGAAUGCUGAGACACAAAGAAAAAUUAAUCUUUUAAAACGUCAGAUCUGCCAGUACGAGGAUGACCUUCAGCGAAUUGGAGACGAAAACUCACACCUGGUGACACAGAACACGCAGCUGCAGAAAAGUCUGGAGGAGUCUGUUAAGGAAAUGGAGGAGAUGACCGAUGAGUACAACAAGAUGAAGAUUGUUGUGCAGCAGACAGACUCUGUUGUUGACCAGCUCAGGAAAGAGAGGGACCAGCUGAAACUGCAGGUCAGAGAGUUAUCAGAUAACAUUCACGGUAUUUCAGGACAGGAUGAACCAAUUAUGGCAGCCGUUAAUGCCAAAGUGGAAGAGUGGAAGCAAGUGCUCUCUGGAAAAGACGAUGAAAUUCUGCUGUACCAGCAGAUGAUCCUCGACCUGAGGGAGAAGCUGCGUUCAGCCCAAAUGGAUGUGGAGAAAAGCAACGUUAUUGCUCUACAGCAGGCUGUUCAGGAGCGGGACGUCCAAAUAAAGACGCUGAGUGAUCAAGUGGAGCGCUACACCACUGACAUGGAGCAGCACACUCAUUUCAUAGAGAGCCUAAAGACGUCCAUGAAGAAAGACAGAGUUCUGCCGUCGGCUACACAGCAGAGAAAGAUGGAGGAGCUGCAAACCAAGAUGGAAGCUGCAGAGAGCAGAGUGGCAGAGGCUGAGCAGGCGCUGAAGCUGGUAGAAGCUCAUGCUGAGGAAAAGGACAGAGAACUUAUUGAGGCUUCAGUUCGUUUGAGACAGUACGAGUCUGGCACCUACGGCCUAGAAGAUGCUGUGGCAGAGAUCAAAGGGUGUAAAAAUCAAAUUAGAGAGAGAGACUGGGAAAUUGAGGCCAUGACUAAAGAGAUCAACCAACUGGGGUUAAGAAUCAAUGACCUCAUGGAUGAAAAUGAGGAACUUCGGGAAAAACUAGGUCUGGCACCAAAGCAGGAGGUGGAUCUGUCCGAGUUCAAGCGAGCAAAGUGUCUCCAGCAGCGUCAGUACAAGGCAGAAAAUCAAGUCCUCACCAAAGAGAUUGAAAGACUGGAAGAAGAAAGGCUGGAGCUGAAGAAACAGAUCCGAGUCAUGGCCAAAGAUAAAGUGACUUCAAAGACGGGUGCGGUCCUGGAGGAAAACAUCGACAUCCAUCGAACGUUAGCACCUAGCAGUGCUAAUGUAGAAGAGAUCAGACAUAAGAAUGAGCACCUGGAAAAGAAUCUCAGAGAAAAGGAGAACGAGCUGAGCCUCCUGAAAACUCAGCUCAGAACCACAGUGGAAGAAUUGUCAAAAGUCAAACGGGACCAGGAGUUGAUGCUGAGAGAUGCUGUCAAUGCAGUGAUGAAUCAUCAAGAAGUGGCGCCCCCUGAUGGUGCAGUUGGUCACCUGACUAGAGGAGUUGAAGCUGGUGGUGUGAGUCUACGGUCUGAUACGGCCGUGCACCUGAAAACACAAAUACAUCAGCUGCUGGGGAGAAACCAGGAACUGAGGCAGGAAUUGAAACUGGCUCGGGAAGAAGCAGCACGCAGCUGCAGUCAGCUUGGCAGCGCCACAGAAAAGGUGAGCCAACUGGAAGGGGAAUUGGAGCUGCUUAGGAAGACAGGCAGCAGUGGAGUUUAUGUGCGACCUCUGACCCUUCCUGAAGAGCUGGGGCCCAGUAGCACCCAGGUCAUCAGCUCCCUGAAUGAGUAUGCUGUUCGACUCCUUCAGGAGCUGAAAAACAAGGAGGAUGAAACCAAGACACUUGCCGGAGUGUUGGAGCAGUACAAGGAUAAGUUUUCUGUCGUUAGCCACCAACAGGGCCUCCUGUAUAAAGAAUACCUCAGUGAGAAGUCUGAGUGGCAAAAGGAGAAGGAGCGACUAGAGGAGGUGAAAAAGCAGCUGGAGGAACAGAAGCAGACAGACGGCAUUAAAAUCCAAGAAUUUAACGAACUGCUCGACACGCUUGGGAAGGGCCCAGAGGAAACCAGGAGGCAGUUCAGUGAAGCGUUGCGUAAGUUGACGAUGCUAAAGGUCAAUGAGAAGAAACUGACACGUCGUUACACCACUCUGCUGGAGCAGGAGCAGCACCUCCGCAAAGAGAACAACAAGCUGAGGGAGGAGAGCAUCAACAUGCAGCUCACAGUCACCCAGAGGAUUGGCUACCUGCAAAGAUAUAAGGAAAUGUCUGCUUAUAAAGUAUCAGCACUGCAGAAGGCCCUGGAUGACAGCGUGCCGUCAUCAGAGCUGGAGAAGGCCAACAGACAGUUCACAGACCUGACGGUCAAAUACAGAGACCUGCUGCAGAGGGACAGUGGCCUCAUACAGAGAACAACUGACGUCCAGCACCUGGAGAGUGAGAACGAGUCUCUGCGGCACCAAAUCUCUGCUGUGAAUAAAGAGCUGGAGAUCUCAAAGGAGAAACUCUAUACGUUGGAGCAGGCGUGGGAGAGCACCAAGUCAACGGUAGUAGGAGGUGAAACUGGCAGAGAUAAGGCCAGCAAGGCAGUGGCCAACAACGAGAUGGUGUCGGCCGCCAGACGGAUCACCACCCUGGAGAUGAAGGAGCUGAAUGAAAGGCAGAGAGCAGAGCAUGCUCACAAAAUGUACGAACACCUGAGGAACUCCCUCAAACAGGUGGAGCAGAGGAACCUGGACCUGGAGUCCAAGGUGGCAGAGGUAAGAAAAUGGAGAAAAAGGAAAAUGAAGCCAGGAAGGAAAAAGACAGAUGAGGUUUUUCUCAGUCUUGUUCCAGAGCCAUUGAUUUCUGUCAAGAGAAAAAAAAAUAUGAAAUGAAUGUGUAGAGAUAAAGGGAUGAUAUAUUUGUGUGAUAGGAAUAAUGAACAGUGUGACAUCUAAUGGCUGGACUACAGACCACACCGUUUAUCAGUCUUUAUUUCCCGUCUCUGAGAUUAG